GGGUAGUUUGGCAGUUAGUGGGGCGGCUGGAUGGGCAAUGACCACAUAGUGAUGGAGGAUGCAGGCCACACAAGCUUCACCUUCACCAAAACUCGGUUCCGAAUGCGUCAUGCUCUCUCCCAUCCUUGACAACCCCAUCCCUGAAAUUGAUUCCAGAGCUUGAAAUCUCAUGGACACACUCCUCAAAACACAUAACAAACUCCAGUUUCUGCACCCACUUCAUGGGUUUUCAGACAAAGUGAGUAAUUCAAAACAGGAGCUUAGAAGUGGUGGUGGUCUCAGGAAGUCGUGUAAUAGAACUGUUGUUGGCCGUGUCAAGGCCAGUAGCAGUACUCUUCUGGAGCUUGUGCCUGAAAUCAAGAAGGAGAAUCUUGACUUUGAGCUACCCUUGUAUGACCCAUCCAAGGGUCUUGUCGUGGACCUUGCAGUCGUUGGAGGGGGGCCUGCAGGGCUUGCGGUGGCGCAACAAGUCUCGGAGGCGGGUUUAUCUGUUUGCUCCAUUGAUCCCUCCCCCCGGCUCGUCUGGCCCAACAAUUAUGGAGUUUGGGUGGAUGAGUUUGAGGCCAUGGAUCUGCUUGAUUGCCUAGACACCACUUGGUCUGGUGCUGUUGUCUUCAUAGAUGAACAAUCCAAGAAGGAUCUCGAUAGGCCUUAUGGGAGGGUUAAUAGGAAGCAGCUCAAGUCCAAGAUGCUGCAGAAAUGCAUUUCAAAUGGUGUCAAGUUUCAUCAGGCUAAAGUCAACAAGGUUAUUCACCAGGAAGAGAAGUCACUCUUGAUUUGCAAUGAUGGGGUCACCAUUCAAGCUUCCGUGGUUCUUGAUGCAACCGGCUUUUCGAGAUGCCUUGUUCAGUAUGAUAAGCCUUAUAAUCCAGGUUACCAAGUAGCGUAUGGGAUUUUGGCAGAGGUUGAAGAACAUCCUUUUGAUGUGGAUAAGAUGGUAUUCAUGGAUUGGAGAGACUCGCAUUUGAAGACUAGUCCUGAACUGAAAGAGAGAAAUAGUAAGAUUCCUACUUUUCUAUAUGCAAUGCCGUUUUCAUCCAACAGGAUAUUUCUUGAAGAAACCUCUCUAGUUGCUCGCCCGGGACUACCAAUGAAAGAUAUCCAGGAAAGGAUGGUUGCUAGAUUGAGGCACCUAGGCAUUAAAGUUCAGAGCAUUGAAGAGGAUGAGCAUUGUGUCAUUCCGAUGGGCGGCCCCCUUCCAGUGCUCCCUCAAAGAGUUGUUGGAAUUGGCGGUACAGCUGGGAUGGUGCACCCUUCAACAGGGUAUAUGGUGGCAAGGACUCUGGCUGCAGCUCCUAUCGUUGCGAAUGCCAUCGUUCAGUACCUUGGUUCUGAUAGAAGUCUUUCAGGAAAUGAACUGUCUGCUGAAGUUUGGAAAGAUUUAUGGCCCAUACAAAGGAGGAGACAAAGGGAGUUCUUCUGUUUCGGCAUGUCCAUUCUGCUCAAGCUAGAUUUGAAUGCCACAAGAAGGUUUUUCAGUGCAUUUUUUGAUCUAGAACCUCGUUAUUGGCAUGGAUUCUUAUCAUCUCGGCUGUUUCUUCCUGAUCUUCUUUUCUUUGGGCUUUCACUGUUUUCUCAUGCUUCAAAUACUAGUAGGCUUGAAAUAAUGGGAAAGGGUACUAUUCCUUUGGUAAAGAUGAUCAACAACUUGAUACAGGAUAGAGAUUAGGAGGACUGAUAUUAGUUUUUUAUUUUUGAAGGAUAUUAUUUGUAUAAUGCAAAUCAUGUUGGUAAGGUUGCAUCUUCAAAAUACAUACUGUUGCUGAUACUAUGAAAAAUCAUUAUGAAUCAGCUGAUUUUCAGAAGAAGAAGAUUCCAUUUGUAAUUCCAUUACAUAAUUAUAUGUAAAAAGGUUGGUUUACAGAAA